AUUUAGCCCCAUCCAAAAUAUCUGGUUUGUAUUCUGAUUGAUCUGCCGACCAACUUCUAAUUUUCCGUCAAUAUUCAAAGCAAAGAAAACUUCAAGAACACAGGAAUUACCAUCCCUGCCGGUUAAGAUGACAGCUGAUUCUAAGAUUCCACUCUCCUCUGAAGAGGUCAGCUCACGGGAGGUAGAAUGGUAUCAUCCAACCCUGACCUGGCUACCCGACACGACUGCGCAAUUAUUCCGUGAAUAUUCAGCGAUCCCACAAGAAGAGAUCGUGAAACAUAUUCAGGAUAUUAGGGAGAAGGCAUGGGAUAUUUACCCAUAUCCAUGCAUUGGAAUUUUCCGCUUUAUUGAUUUCGGAGCCUAUUUUUGCCCUGUAUACCCCGAUGUGCUUAAAAGACUGGCGGCAGGACAGACCUUACUUGAUCUGGGCUGCUGCUUCGGCCAGGACCUCCGUAAACUAGUUUUUGACGGAGCUAGUUCUGAAAAUCUUCUCGGAGUUGAUCUUCAUGCUGGGUUCCAUAAUCUAGGCUAUGAGCUUUUCCGGGAUAAAGAAACACUAAAGGCCCGUUUAUACUCACAGAGUAUCUUUGAUAAGGAGUUCCUGCCAGAGUGGCAGGGCAAGAUUGAUAUAGUCCAUAUGGGGGCCUUUCUACACCUCUUCAGCUAUGAUCAGCAGAAAGUCAUUAUCGCAAAGGUAACAAAAUUACUUCGUGGCUGCAAGGGCUCUCUCGCCUUUGGCCGACAUGCUGGGGCUGAAGAGGGGGGCCCAAUUAGCCUUAACACCAAAUGGGACUUGUUUGCACAUAGCGAUGCUACUUUGAAGAAGCUGUGGAAUGAAGAGGGGGCAGGAAAAGGUGAAUGGGAGGUGAACACUCAGCUUGUACCCUUUGAAGAUAACGAGGUAAUGGACGGCAAGGCGGGGUCAGUUGGGCGAGAUGAUCGCAUUCGAAUGAUGUACUUCUCAGCAACUCGGGCAUAGAACACAUCUUCAUGAUAGAUAUGAUAUGCUCUUACCAGUCUUCCUGCAAUAUACGCACUCGCAAAUGAAAAUUUUUGUUUCCCAGU